AUGGCAGAAGUUCUCGUGCUCAAGGGCGUGCUGAAGGGCCACACGGAUGUGGUUACCGCCAUCGCCACCCCGAUUGACAACUCCGAUAUGAUCGUAUCCUCGUCGAGGGACAAGUCCGUCCUCGUCUGGCACCUUACCAAGGAUUCGGCUCUCUCCGCAGAGGGAGGGGCGUCGACGAACUACGGCGUGCCCCGCCGUCGGCUGACGGGCCAUUCUCACUUCGUCCAGGACGUUGUCCUCUCUUCCGACGGGCAGUUCGCUCUAUCUGGUUCCUGGGACGGCGAUCUCCGCCUUUGGGACCUCAACACCGGCGCCACCACCCGCCGUUUUGUCGGCCACACCAAGGACGUCCUCUCCGUCGCUUUCUCUGUCGACAACCGGCAGAUCGUCUCCGCCUCCCGUGACCGCACGAUCAAGCUCUGGAACACCCUCGGGGAAUGCAAGUACACCAUUCAGGACGGAGAGAGCCACACCAACUGGGUCAGCUGCGUCCGCUUCAGCCCGAACACCUUCGUCCCCACCAUCGUCUCUGGCUCCUGGGACCGGACCGUUAAGGUCUGGAACCUCAGUAACUGCAAGCUUAGGUACACCCUCACCGGUCACGGCGGGUACGUCAACACCGUUGCCGUCAGCCCGGACGGAUCUCUUUGCGCGAGCGGCGGCAAGGACGGUGUCACGCUCCUCUGGGACCUGGCAGAGGGGAAACGGCUGUACUCGCUUGACGCCGGUUCCAUCAUCCACUCCCUAUGCUUCAGCCCCAACAGGUACUGGCUCUGCGCCGCGACCCAGGACAGCAUCAAGAUCUGGGACCUCGAGAGCAAAGUCAUAGUGCAGGAUCUCAAACCCGAGGUGACCACCGGAAAGAAUCAGGUACUUGAAUCCAACUAUCAAAUUCUCAUCAAUCGUUCUAUUGAAGUCUAUAUAACACACAUUAUCCGAUGCGCUAUAAAUCAUCAGUCACUUGAUGGUUCUUAUUUUGUGGUAGUAUGAUGCGCGAAUCGGUAUCUCUAACCUCCAUGUCGGAUUUUUUAUUUUUUUAUUGCAAGUUUAAUGAGUUCAUUGACAUGAUUAUCGUGGAAUGAAAAAAUGAUCCUUCUUUGGACCAACACUAGUGAAAGCUCUGUUGGUCCCAGCUUGUGGACCUGCUUUACUGAUAGUUGAGAUUCCUUUCGUAGAUUAUGCUCUCUCGACUGGGUAGCUUUUUCCAGUUGAACUAAUUAGAAUCUUUCCGUGGGAGAUGAUUGACUAACUGCUGGUGUAUGUUUAAGGGACUUUCUGUCUUCUCCUAUAGUUAGGCUUUAGUAUCUGAGUGUAUGCGACGUAUCUGAUGUGGAUUCCUUAACUUCGUCCUGUGCGAAGUUGAUUUAUGUAUUGAUAUUGAAAGGCGCGUCUGGGUUAUAUUAAUAAAAAUGUAUCAAUAAGGGGAUUAUUCUUGUACAUACCCCGAUCAUAUAUGUGGUCGUCUUUUCCUUUAUCAUCCAAUGAUGAAUGCAAGUUAAGCUUUCUUUGGGUCGUACACAGAUAAAUAUAAAUGUUUUUUUGGGAUCAUUUGUUAGCGUUGGGGAACAAUUCUCCUCUAGGUUCCCUUCCAUUAUUGUUGGUGCAUUUCUUGAAAUAUCAGAAUGUAAUGCUAUUCAGGAUUACGAAGAUUAAUGACUCUACUUCGUUUGUGAAUAUUUAUUAUCAAUAUUUUGAUACUGUUAUGAAUCUUACAAUGCACGUCUUUCAUCCGCUCAUAAUUUUUCCUGGGAUGUAUCUUCAGCUGCUUUUAUCUAGGAAAUUUCAUUGUUUUCCCUUGGAAAUUUCAUGUAUAAUCAUUUCUUCCAGACUGAUUUUCAUUUUGUCCCUGGAAUAGGAAUUGUAGAGAUCCUCAACUCUCUGAUCUAUCCCCCGAUGACAAGAUAACCGUAUUUGUGCCCCGCAUCAUAAAUGGGCAUUUUAACCCUUACCUCUGAAUGCUCUUUGAUCUCAGCUUACAUCCAAUUGGAAUUUUCCCACAUUAACGGGUCAAAGUGGGUGUUUCUCAAGAUUAUGAAUAUUCCUCUGUUACUGAUUGAAGCUUUCUUAGUGCACUCACUCUGAGUGUCCUGUAAUUUUUUUCGUCUGUGCCGCACAUCACCAUAUGGGUCUCUCCCUUCCACAAUGGGCGUUUCCUCCUUCCUACUCUCAACCCCUGAAUGAGCUUCGAUAAAUUAGAUUGCUCCCAGAUUAAUGGUUCGAACUGGGUUUCCUCAACAUUAUGAUGAAUAUUGAUUGCGCUUGGUUGAAGUGGGUUUUGUGAAGAUCAUUAAUUCACAUGAACAUAUCUGUGGGUUUGCAGUGGGUUCUGUCAAUGUUUUGAAUUCGCAUCAAUCAGAGAGCAGAUUUCCGAAUGUACCCAAGAUUUUGCCUGACAUAUGUGACCAUUAUCAUAGCCCCUUCUUGCCUAAUUGGUUAAUUAAAUUGGUUUCUGAGUGGGCUCUGUCAAUUUAACAGAUUUUAGAUGUCCGAGUGUACCUAUGAUUUUUUUUGCCUACCACAUUUAAUGAACAUCACAGCCACAUUUUUCUGACUUGGUUAAUUGGUGAUCUCCACAGCUGCUGUACUGCACCAGCUUGAGUUGGAGCUCCGAUGGCAGCACCCUCUUCACCGGAUACACAGAUGGGGUUAUCAGGGUCUGGGGAAUCAGUCGCGCCUACUAA